AGACGAACACGCAAGCCGGAAGUGUUUACAUGUUGUUAGCCUUAAGCAGCUAGCAGCUAGCAGCUAAUUCUGGCUGCCCUUUGCUCCAUGUUUGCAAUUAUCACAAAGAAAUUGAACCGAAGUCAGCUGGAAAAAAAGCACAUAACGUUCAAAGCAUUCUCAGUUAUUUGCUUCAUGGACGAACAGUGAAACUGUUACUUUUCUCCUUCGAGCUGUCAUGGCCGCUAACCCUGCAGGACCUGCAGGCUUCCAGAACAAGACACGUGUGGCCAUCCUGGUGGAGCUGGACAAGGAGAAGAGGAGGCUGAUGAGCGGCCCCGGAGCCAGCGUCCCCCUGUCGGCCAGACCCAGCCUGAAGGAGGCGCGGGACAGCGCGGAGCAGCAGCACAUCGCGGCCCAGCAGAAGGCCGCCCUGCAGCACGCUCACGGCCACUCCUCCGGCUUCUUCAUCACCCAGGACUCGGCGUUUGGGAACCUCAUCCUCCCGGUGCUGCCCCGGCUGGAGCCCGACCUCUGACUCUCCUCCUCCCGGUGCUGCCCCGGCUGGAGCCCGACCUCUGACUCUCCUCCUCCCGACAAACACUGACCAGUGCCCCGGGCCGGGCGGACACUCACUCACAUCACCUCACAUGCAAAUGAUACUUUAUUUUUUCGUAAUUCAUCCAGACAAGUUGACUGGGAGAAUAAAAUAUGAUAUUUGAACGCAACCAGUGU